UACCAGAGCCGGAGUCCGCCCAGCCUCGUGCGUGCGCGCAGGCGGGGGCCUGCAGGCCCCCACGCGCAGCCCAUAUAACCUGCGCGGUGCCUGCUGGUGCGCCCAGUUAGCCUCUCUGGCAGCCGACGUUAUCGCGCGUGCAUUCGCCAUCGUCGACCUUUUGACCUUUUCUCGACCACUCACCCUACCUCUUCCUCUUCGUACUUCUUCCCGCUCGCCGACGAGCCCGCUAGACGAGCCCAUCACACGAGCCGUUUAGCAGCGCUAGACUCUUCAUAUCAGCGCGCAAGCCGUCGCUAUACCCUUUGCAUUCUUCGUUCUAUACCCUUUCACUCUGGCUUUCGCGAAGCUCCGCAAGAUGUUUUCGCAGCUGUUCUCCACCUCCAGGUCGACGGACCAGCUGUCCCGGCCUGAGAUCCCUAUCCCUCGCGCGUCGUGCGGCCCCUCCAGCUCUACAGACGCGUUGUCUCGUUCUGCACCCGCGACGAUCCGCCCAUCUACCGCGUCGACCGCCUCCCACCAAGCCACUUCCUCCGUCCCACUAGCUCCUCAUGCACCUGUUAUCGCACAAAGCACUGGCGGUUCCUUCCGCACAACCUCUUCCCGCCAAUCCUCCCAUCCACCGACCUUCACGCCACUCGCUACCGCCGCCGCUCGCGUCUACCACGCCGAUUUCGGCGCGAAGGGCGCGAAGUCUGGGCGUCGCGGCAGCGUCAGCGGCAUGAUCAGAGGUAACUCGAGGAGCGGUAGCUGGACUGGCGAUGGCAAGGACGGCUGGGCAUACAGCGGGCUCGCCGGUAUGCUGUCCUUCGGCUACGAAGCCGGGGAGGCAGUUACGGUCGACCCGAGGAUCAGCGGCACCGUAGACCCUACGAGCGGCGCGGUAGAAGUCCCUGAGCCUGCACCUGUCGUCUACUCCUUGCGCCUCGCAGAUGAGGUUGGGAGGCCCAUCUGGACUUUCAAGGUCCCGACGGAAGGCUUCGACUACCAGCUCGACCGCCCCUUCUUCCACGUGUUCGCCGGGAAGAGUCGCCGCUUCGGUCUUCGCUUCGACGACGAUGCGCAGGCGGAGGAAUUCGGCCGUAUCGUGCGCGCGCGGACAGCCACAGUAGCUGGCAACCGCGAUCGCAGUCGUACCUUCCCCGGUGCAGCGCGUCCAUUCUCUCGUGCUAUCACCAACGCAUCGCGAGGGUCUCUUGCUCUUGAUGGCGGCCGUUCAUCGUCGGAAGGUGGCCGAGGUUCCAUGGAGAGCGCCCCCUUCUCUUUGGACGCCGCAUUCGUCAGCUCUUCGCCGGAAGAUAUCGGUCUUCUGCAGAACGCCACGCCGCUGCCACAGCGCAAAGGGUCAAUGGAUGUCCCCGCGCCCAAGAUCACCACCGCACGUCCAGCAGCACCCGCACGCGCCGUCCCCGCCACUCCCAGCCCCACGAAACCCUCGCCACCCAACCGCCCGACGGUGACCCGCCAACCCUCUCGCACCCCCGCUCGCAAACGCCGCGUCCGCGUCUCCAUGAUCUCGCGCCCCGCCUCGAACACCUUCGUCCACAUCGGCCACGUCGGCAUCGGGAAGGAGGGUGGCAUCGAGGUCUCGCCGAAUAUGGACCCGCUAUGGGCAACGGUUCUCGCGGACUGCCGCGUUGCGCGCGCGCAGAGCGUGACGGGGAGGAAAGCGCGGAGAGCGAGCCAGAGCAGCGCGAGCGUGCUGAGCCGAGCGAGUGGCGGGAGCGCUGCCAGCCCUCCGGGCAGCGGGAGGAGUACGCCCGCGCACGGAUACCCUGGCAGGCAAAGCCCCGUCCGCGACUCGGCACCCCCAGCACCCAUCCCACCGCGUAUGCCCUACUACCGCCGCGUCUCGAGCGAGACCACGACGAGCCGCUCGCGGUCGCUGUGAGCUCCUCUCCAGAAUCAUCAUCGCACCACUACUAUAUUGACAUUAACCGCUAUCGAGACACAAAAGAGCGAGACUCACCAGCUCUCGACGGACUCUAACCAUCCAAGCACGCUAUUAUGCGACGUUGUUGUACCACCGCACC